CCUUUUAAAAAGGUUGCUUGGCAACGUUGCACAGAAAACCUAUUUUCACAACAUUCUGAUGACAUGUGUUUAGCAAGCAGGUGUUGCAGCAAAACCGGAUUAAAAGCAAAACUGUAUUAAAAUCAGGAUGAGAUUUAUUCCGCUCCAUACGACUAACACGGCGAUCGUGUACAAGAACUCGCUGUGUUCCUUUGCCUCGCUUUUGGUGCUGGCUUUCAUAGCGCUUUCCGUAAUGCUGCCCGUGCUUUUGGUUUCCAUGCUAAGUCCUUAUUCUGGGAUAUCAGAAUCGAGGGUGUUAUACGAGCAGCCGAAUGUGGAGUUCAGUUAUCAGUACAUUUUCGUGGGAACGACGGAACCAGGAGAAUAUGAAGAGGAGGAAUCUCUAGUCGCCUGCAGCAGCUUCAACAAUUUCAAUGAGCAAAUGGAGAUUUUCACCAACAGUUGCACAACCACCAAAUAUUGGACGGAGGAUGUAGACUACGAUGGCGUCACGGAUCGGGCACACUUUCAAUUGGAACUGCAGGAUGUGCCUGCUCGUUUGGUUAGCUUCAAUCUGUUGGUCUUCUUCAAGGCUGAACUGCAACACAAGUGCAACCUUUUACCUCCCUCCGUGCUGGCCCACCAACUUCAGCUUCCGCUGGCCACUCGCCUCAAAAAUGGACAUAUUCAACUGAAAGGAGAACUGCAAUUGAAACAAUACGUGGAAUUCACCUGCCCAUUUCCAGGACGCAACAUUAAGACUCAGUUUCGGCAAGUCGAAGUGGAUACCAAUUCGACUUCAGGAAAAAUAGAGCAGUUCAAAAUGAAAUCCUUGCUAGCGCAGGUCAAGGCUAAUCCAGCUUACUUCCAGCUGGCUGUGCAAGAGACAUACUACCGACAAACUUCACCUCGUUUGGAGCCCGGCCUCAUAAUCGAACUGGAACUUGACGUUCUCCAAGUUCCCGCUCGCUAUCAUCUGAGCAUUUGGGAGCGUCUUGGCCAGUUCUGGCUGUACUUUGCCUCCUUCUUUGGCAUCUCGUUUUACAUCAUGAACAAGCUAAAAGACUUUCUCUUCGGUCGCCACAUUGUUCGGUCCUGGGAGAUUAUACCCUGGAAGAAGCUCUACUGACACCAAUCGGGCGCC